AAGCUGAUCUCCAAGAGGGCGUGGCUCCGAAACACCGCCAAUAAAAGCCUGGAGCGACGGCACGUCUCUGGAGCAGCGGAGGCUGCAAGCUGCCGACCCGGCCUGUGCUGGCAGGUGCAGUUUGAAGAACUCUCUCCCACCUGCACACCCCCUCAGAGACUGCUGCCCACUGUGCUUCGGGUGCCCAUGGCGUGCCCCCAAGCCCUGCUCAUCUGCCUGCUGGUCCUGGCAGUCACUGAAGGCUGGGGUCAGGAGGCAGCCAUUCCAGGUUGCCACUUACACCCCUUCAACGUGACAGUGCGCAGUGACCGCCAAGGCACCUGCCAGGGCUCCCAUGUGGCACAGGCCUGCGUGGGCCACUGUGAGUCCAGUGCCUUCCCUUCCCGCUACUCUGUGCUGGUGGCCAGCGGCUAUCGACACAACAUCACCUCCGUCUCUCAGUGCUGCACCAUCAGCAGCCUGAAGAAGGUAAAGGUGCAGCUGCAGUGUGUGGGGGACCAGAGGCGGGAGCUCGAGAUCUUCACAGCCAGGGCCUGCCAGUGUGACAUGUGUCGCCUCUCGCGCUUCUAGUCACUGGAAGGAGGCCCCAUCCUGCCCCUGACUUGCUAUGGAACUUUUUUAAAGGAGGGGUGCUCCAGCUCUGACCCUCCUGUUCAUGAUGUCGCCUCCCAAGAAGAGGGGAGUUUUCGCCUCUGCCUUGCCUCUGCCUGGCCUUCCUCCUUUGCCCCUACCCCUAAAUAAAGCAAGCA